AUGAUCUCAGAAAAGGCUGCGACCGCCUUGGCCACCUUGGGAACGGUGUGCUGGUGUGUGCAACUUAUUCCCCAGAUCAUCUUCAACUACCGACGUAAAGACUGUGAGGGUUUGCCACCAUUGAUGAUGCUGCUAUGGGUCAUCAGCGGUAUUCCUUUUGCUAUUUAUUUCAUGGUUAUAAAGGGUAACAUCAUUUUACAGAUCCAGCCUCAUCUCUUCAUGGUGUUCUGCGGCAUCAGUUAUGUACAGUCGUUAUACUACCCACCAGUGCAAUGGGAUCGACGGAAAAUUGCUGCAACGGUACUAGUGCUGAUUGCUACAGACGUGGGCAUGGAAAUCGGGUUUACUUUGUGGCUACGUCCCUUAUACGCGUACGGAACGAAGUGGCCGGCCAUGAUUUUCGGGAUUUUGGCCUCUGUACUGCUGGCGCUCGGUUUGAUUCCACCCUAUUUCGAGCUUGCCAAGCGCAAAGGACGCGUCGUAGGCAUCAAUUUUGUGUUUCUAGCCAUUGACUCUAUGGGAGCUUGGCUCUCAAUCGUCAGCGUCAUCGUAGGCAACAUGGAUAUUUUGAGUAUUAUACUUUACGGCAUUGUAGCGGCGCUUGAACUUGGCAUUUUCGCUUCCCAUUUCAUAUGGUGCUGUCGUUUCAAUUGGUCCAGACGUGAGGCAGUGUCAACCGAUCCAGAAUCUCAGUCUCAGACAGCGGGAAAGACAAAGACUGGAAGCGAAUCGAAUCAUGAAACUUACGAACUUGAGGACGAGCUCGAAGACGAGCUUCGAAGCCAGCGAUAA